AAAUCCCUCUUUCGUGUUAAAGGCGCUAAACGAAAAUAUGAUCAGUGCAAAAUCUUUUCGCCAUGCGGGGAGAUUCCCAUAAAGUCCUUAACCCUACUUACAUACCAAUUUAAAGCUAACGCAGGUGAUAAAUUCCUUACGGCAAGUUUUCAUGUCAUCGAGUCUCUAUAGUGAGUUAGCAUUGUUCGAAGCCAAUCGCUUCGUAACGUUGAUUGAAGAACUUUGGCCUAAGUACAACCUUGAGUGUUUGUAUUUAUUUACAAUCCCCAACGCGCAAGCGGCAUUACUAUAAAAGUCAAUAUGGUGACUGACUGGCAGGUUAUUAAUCAUAGGUCAACAGGUGAUUCCACAAAUGAAAAACAUUUGCGCCAGCGAGACUCCAUUUGGAACACGCGAUAAAAGAUUCCGUUUGUGUCAUGUGCUGAAAUAGUUGUAGACCGACCGCCAGUAUUUUAGCACCGCCCCUUAGCGUUUUCCUCCUCGCGGGAUACUGAUCAAAGAGACUGACGGAGAUUUAUGGCUCAAUUGCCAUGAAGAUUUAUUGCAGGUUAUCUUAACACUUGUUACAGUGUUGUGUUUCAUUCAGAUCCCCGGGAAAGCUUUUCAAUAUGGCUAAAAAUGACAUUAAAGUACUUCAAAGAAAAAUCGUCAAUAAGGGCCUGUAGUGCGUGCAGAGUAGGAGACACUCCUCUCCGCUUGAGUUUUCACCGUCUGUUUAGCAAGUUGUCUGGUUUAAUGUAUGUGCAGAAGGUGCAUGAAAAAUUACCCACCAAGUACUCUGCACUCGACAACGUUGAGGUCAUGAACCCAGAGUGGUACUUGAUUCUGAUUGGUGGAAAUGGGUCACGUGAAGCGGUAAAAACUCCCUCCACUAGUCGAUUUGUCAUAACUCAUGUUGUUAAGGGUUAAGAUGUCAGGCCCAAAUAAAUCAUCUUCGACAAACAUGGCCCGUCCGUUGCUUUAUCCAACAUCGGCAGAGAUUUAUGCUCAGCAAUACACUUCGCAGCUGUCCUCGACAUUUGAGCGCCAAAUCAAUUUGACAGGGAAUUAUUUUCCCUUUCUAGAAGUUUCAACCCGGAGAACUUCAAGCCAAAAUUACAACACCCCGCCAUCACGACAGAGCUUUCAUGGUGAAGACACAAGAACGACCUUGUCUCAUCAAACAACGCCGAUACCAGACUAUCUCCUUCAGCCAAUUUAUCCGUGGAUGAAGUCAAAGAAAGGCGGUAAAUCGGACUUUGGAUUUGGCCAGAGACAAGCGAAGCGGCACAGAACGAGUUAUACGAACAAGCAGCUUCUAGAAUUGGAGAAAGAGUUUCACUUCAACAAGUAUCUGUGCAGUUCUAGAAGGAGCGAGAUUGCAAAGACCCUUAGUCUGUCUGAACGACAAGUCAAGAUCUGGUUUCAAAACCGUCGAAUGAAAUGGAAAAAAGAUGAAAAAGUUAAUGAAGGCUCCGAGAAAACUAGUCCGCGAUUUAUGGACACCCAAGAAACACAGCGACACAUAAUGUCUUGUUCCCCUCUCUGCCAUUCACCGCCCGUUCGUCAAGCGUGUCAAGCUGAAAACUUUCACUGAUAGUGUGAACAGAAAGCAACGGUACGAACAAGUCUCGUUCAAUACGGAGACCAAUCUUUUGUGGACAUUGCGGUAUGUUAAUUAUGGUAACAUUGUACAAAUUUGAGCGUUAUUUAAUGGAAGGAACUCUUGUUAGCAAGGAUCAGUACCUUUCCGCCUUUUCGCGUUUCUAAUCCAGUGUUAAUCCAUUUCAAAAGGCCAAUCGACACCAUAUUUCCUUUCUCCUUGUUAAAGGUGUGAAUAGUAUUGGGAAGAGCUUACGUCUUUAGAGUUCCUCGCAAGAAAUUAUUUAUUGAAUGUAAUUUUUCGUUUGUUGCCGCUAACGCUGCAAUAUGGAGUUUGUACAAAUACUCGAUCCAUUCACAAAGUCAGUUGAAGUUCAUUUUAGUGCACAGCAAGCGCGCUGUUUUACUGCACACAGACAGUCGGUGAGAUUUUCUUUGUUUUUUAAGAGAUUCACAGCCGAAAAAUUUUCACCUUCGCCUUUCCGCUAUCUUGUUAGUCGCAUUCCAGAAUACCACCGACCAUGCAUGAUUCCGCCAAACAGUUUCAGAUAUGUUCUCGUUUUCUACGUUUAUUGCUUCGAAGGAUAACUUUAAAAUACAGGUCACAUAGCACUUGUUAGAUGUUACUCUCCUGUAGGUAAUAAAAGAUAUUUUCAUACGUC